AUGAUUUGACAACUGUGGCCGCUACAAACAAGACAACAGUUCAAACCACACCAUCAGAUGAUUUGACAACUGUGGCUGCUACGGACAAGACAACAGCCACAACCACACCAUCAGCAAACUUGACAACUGUUUCCAAUACGGAGAAGACAACUGUUGAAACCACAUCAUCAGAUAAUUUGACAACUAUGGCGGCUACAAACAAGACAACAGUUCAAACCACAAUAUCAGAUGAUUUGACAACUGUGCCCACUACAGACAAGACAACAGUCACAACCACACCAUCAG